UUCUCGUGCUUUGUUUUAUUAUUUGAUAAGACUAAUACAAAAUAUUAAUUUGUAAUGUUUAUUAAAAGGGAUUAAAAGAGAAAGGCCUAAGGCGUCGAGUUAGUUACGUAUAAAACAGGUCAAUAAAGUGUUUUAUAUAUCCAUACAUGAAGGUAAACUUCGACUGUAUCGAUUCCCAACUAUGUCAAAUUAGUAUUAUUUCUUUAUCCACUUCGGUCUUUCUUCGGUUUUAGAAGAACAAUGUCGAAUUGGAAUCUUGUUUGGCUUCAACAAAAACAAACACCGUCAUACUCUAGACACGACGUCUUUCCGCCUGAUUUCGUCCUUAAUUCUUCAAACUGGAGCAGGAUUAACGAUAACAGUAAGAUUUUUAGAGCUUUCAAGCAAGCAUAUUCUCAUCUUUUAAAAGUUACUUCUAAAAAGAUGAUAAUCUAAAACUUUCUAAAUAAAGUUUUAUUAUUAAUUAGAAACGUCAAAACUCCCGGUCACUAAUGAUCGUGUAGCGAAUAUAGCGAAGCAUACUGUAUCGAGUUCAGCUAAGCGGGAGACGAUCGACCUAAAACGGCACCACGUUCCGAAUUACAUGGAGAUGAAUAAAUAUUGCUGGAACAGAAUGGAUUUUAUGAGAGAUUCUACAAAGCGAUUAUGGACUGCUGGAGGGGCCGUUAAUAGAGGAGGAACAUCCCAUUCCAAAUAGUAAAUCUAACCUUUGACUACACUCUACUUGCCGCCUACUUUUCCCAUAAUUUUGACUAAUAAGAAAAUUAUACGGUUGAGAUUCUGUCCAAUCAACUUGAUUUUGCAAGCGUCUUGCAUACGAAUUUGCUUUAAUAAAUUAUUGAUAGAGAAGGGUAGAAGGGAUUAGAGUUAGGUCGCCUAUAAACCUUACAUAUUUCUACCCUAAAGCAUACAGAGUAUGUUAAAUGUAAAAUAAAAAUACACGGUACUAUAAAAUCCACCGUAUAUAUUAGUAUGUUAUAUGCAAUAUAUAAAUAUAGGGAAUAAAGCAUUAGCCCACCAUACAAACUAACAGGUAUUUUCAAUUACAGGCCUAGUGUAGACGGGUCAGGCAAAAAAACAUACUGAUUCAGUCUAAUCUUUUGCCUUCUGUCAUUCAAAAACGUUUUGAUAAGCCGCGGGAUGACCGAAAACAUAUACAUGAUGCUGCUCAAAGCUAACCUUGGCCAUUUCCCUCGAAUUUUCGUCUACAUAUCCUCCCUCAGGCUUUUUUUUUUCUUCUUACCUUCACAAAUUUCAUCUUUUUUUCCAUCCCUCGAUCUCUAUCAUGGUCUCCUUUUUAAUCAUUUCGGCCUAAUUCUGAUCUUCUUAAGUGCUUUUCGUCACUCUUCAGAAUUGUCGCCAGGACUCGCCUAAACGUUCUUCUUCGUUUCUUCUUUCGACAAAAGACGAAUGAUCGCUGGUGUUUUAUCAGACAUUUCGUUUAUAUACGGCCUGAUAGGCGUCAGAAGGGUUAAAAGUUAUCAAAAACAGGGUUUUUGCGAAGGAAGGAGAGGCUUGGUCAUAAACGCUGUUAUAACCUCGUUGUAACAAAAUAGAAUGAGGAAAAAUUGCACUAUUUGCUAUUGAAGAAAAAACGUUAACUAGCAAUAGAUAUGAGUGUUAUAGUUGUUGUGUAAAUACAACAAUUAUUACCCAUUAAAAAGGAGAAGCGGUCAUAUGUUAAAGAAAAAGAGAAUAAUUUAGCUAUAAAGGGGGAAAAUAAAGAAAGAAAUUGUAUCUAUGGUGCGCUUCGAUAAUUAUUAUACGACCGUCUUGCGCAGUAGUCGACUGGCCGCUGCGCUAUUGCAGCUUUGCAGUCGUGAGCCGAAGAUGUUGUCGAAAAGUAUCUAUUUCAGAAACUUGUUUUGGAUAACUAUACAUAUAUUAUUCUUAGGUACUAAAGCUAUUAGAGAGGAGCUACAACUACUGAAGGACUUAUUGAAGGAUUAUGAUACGGCUGCCAGACCAGUUUUAAAUCAAUCACAGGUCGUUCAAGUAAAAAUGGGCGUAGCCCUCUUUCAAAUUAGAGAUCUAGAUGAAAAAAACCAAUUCCUUCAAGUAAAUGCAUGGUUUCAAUUCCAUUGGUAUGAUCCUCAUCUAACAUGGAACGAAUCGGACUACGGGAAUUUAACGAAUCUGCGUAUCCCAUCGACACGCGUUUGGAUUCCAGAUGUUGUUUUAUACAACAGUGUGGAUGAAACAAAACCCGCAACGGAAGUGUUCGCUCAUACAAAUGCCAUUGUGAAAUCGGACGGAAAGAUUUUAUGGGUGGUACCGGCAAUGAUUAAGUCUUCAUGUAAAAUAGACGUUCGAUAUUUUCCCUUCGAUGAGCAGAAUUGUAGUUUAAAAUUUGGUAGUUGGACAUACGAUGGUUUCCAAUUGGAUUUAACUAAUUUAAGAGAUACGGGAGAUUUAAAUAAGUAUAUAGAGAGUGGUGAAUGGCAUUUAGCUGGAAUGCCAGCAAAAAGAAAUGUCGAAUAUUAUUCAUGCUGUGUCGAGCCUUUUGUCGACGUUACUUAUAGUAUCAUUUUGAGGAGAAAACCAAUGUUCUACACCUAUAAUUUAGUGUUUCCGUGUGUACUUCUUAUGGCUAUAGGUGUUCUAGUAUUUUGUCUUCCCCCCGAAUCAGGAGAAAAAGUUUCUCUAGGAAUAACCGUCCUUCUAGCCAUGACUGUAUAUCAGCUACUUAUUGCUGAAGCUAUACCUCCAACGUCUGAGGUUGUCCCCUUAAUUGGGCAAUUUUUUGGGGCAACCAUUUUUCUAUUGUCACUAUCAUCUGCAAUGACAGUAGUAAUUAUGAAGCUCCAUUUUAAUGGUGAACAUGGUAAUAGGCUACCAAAUUGGAUGCGUAAAUUAGUACUUCACUGGAUAGCACGAAUGCUCCGCAUGAGACAGGCUACAGUCGAAAUACGUAAACCUUUGAGGGAUUACGACAGAGAAUUGCGAGCGGACUGCGAUAUAUCUCUCGGCCUAUUAGGCAAUCAUCGUGUGUCCGUCAAACAACCACCGGUUGCUUACUGCAGGAAGCAUCUUCAUCAUCAUCAGCAACAAAAUCAACAUCAACAUCAACAGCAGCAAAACAGAAGAAAUAUAGAGGAGAAGAGAAACGACCCUUUCUCAUCUUCUGCUUUCGAUAACUAUGUGCCUUCCACAACUGGAGAAGCUCUACCAGAAAUACUAAACCACGUUAGGCAAGUAAAUGAGGAAUUACAUCAAAGGUACCUAACGAAGGAAAUGGAUGAACACUAUAAGGGUGAAUGGCGUAUGGUAGCAUUGGUGCUCGAUAGAUUAUUACUCAUUACCUUCUUCGUUAUGACAGUUUUAACUGGAGUAGUUAUCUUUACUGACGUUCCGUAUUAUGACUAAUGCUUUUCACCACGAUCAAUUGUUUAUUAAAAUUCAAUUCUCCAAUUGUGUUAUUACUCAUAAUGCUAACUUUUAAUACCGUUUUUUUGGUAGACAUUCUUAUUGAGUAACGUUAAAUUGAAGCUAUUUAAAAA